AUGGCUGAGAAAAAUGCCAAGGAAGGGAUGUGUGGGAAGCAGGAGAUUGGCGAUGGUGCUACCAUCAGCCAAGUCAGAGCUGACAGUGGCUCCAACCAGGCAUCAGAGGACUGUCAAGUAGCUGGAUUCCUGAGAUGUUUGGAGAUGUUUGUGCUUUAUGCUCGAUCUCAGUUCACAGGAUUGGACCAUGAAGAUGCUAUCUGUUCCUUUGAAAAUGCUGAGAGACCCAAUGAGUCUAGCCAGAGCUGCCCAAAGGAGCAUGGGAAGGUUGUGGCUCAGCAAAACAGACAGCAGCCUUGUAGAAAUGCAAUUUCUUUUAAAAAAAAAUUGCGAGAGAAGAAGGGAGGUCACUGCGUGAAGGAGUGUAUCCGCUGCCGCCUCUCGGGUGCCUGCCUCCCAGAGCUGAGAGCGUCCUACUGCCGGCAGGAAGGGAAGGAUCGGAUCAUAUUUGUGACCAAAGAAGACCUUGAAACUCCGAGCAGUGCAGAGCUGGUGGCUGAUGACCCCAAUGAUCCCUAUGAGGAGCACGGAUUGAUACUGCCCAAUGGAGAUAUUAACUGGAAUUGCCCAUGUCUUGGGGGAAUGGCCAGUGGCCCCUGUGGGGAACAGUUCAAGUCUGCCUUUUCCUGCUUCCACUACAGCAAAGAGGAAAUCAAGGGAUCAGACUGUAUAGACCAGUUCCGGGCCAUGCAGGAAUGCAUGCAGAAAUACCCGGACCUCUAUCCCCAAGAUGAUGAUGAUGAGGAGGGCAAAGCCACGGAGCAGGUGGAAGAAACAGCUGCUGCUAAAGCCUCUGCAGCCAAAGAGCAGGGGUCAAGCUCCUGA